AUGUCAUACAACGAUCCCAACAUGAAUGACCAGCAUAACAAUAAUGCUAAUAGGGAUGGUGACGGUAAUUACCCGACGUAUCAAGUGACACAAGACCAAAAUGCGUUCGAUGAGUAUGGCCAACCGAUUUAUACACAAGACCAGUUGGGUGAUGGUUAUUACGAUCCUAAUGAACAAUUCGUUGACGGUACACAAUUUCCUCAAGGUCAAGAUCCCACUCAAACUCAAGGCACUUAUAACAACGAUGCUAGUUACUAUAACCAGCCUCCCAAUAUGGUAAACCCAUCUUCUCAGGAUGGGGAGAAUUUCUCGGAUUUUAGCUAUGGUCCCCCCACUAGUGGUUAUCCUAAUGACCAAUACACACCUUCCCAGAUGAGCUAUCCUGAUCAAGAGGGUUCUUCAGGGACCUCCACCCCAAAUAUGUACGGGAACGGUGCAGCGAAUGGUAAUGGACGCUAUUACGACCCUAAUACUAUUGAGAUGGCUUUGCCAAAUGAUCCGUAUCCAGCUUGGACCGCGGACCCUCAGUCUCCCUUACCUGUCGAACAAAUCGAAGAUAUCUUUAUAGAUUUAACGAACAAAUUUGGUUUUCAAAGAGACUCCAUGAGAAACAUCUUUGACCAUUUUAUGACUCUAUUGGAUUCGAGAUCUUCCAGGAUGUCUCCGGAUCAGGCCCUUUUAUCUUUACAUUCCGACUAUAUUGGUGGCGAUACAGCCAAUUAUAAAAGAUGGUAUUUUGCUGCUCAACUAGAUAUGGACGAUGAAAUCGGUUUCAGGAAUAUGAAAUUGGGUAAGUUGUCAAGAAAAGCAAGAAAGGCUAAGAAGAAGAAUAAGAAAGCCAUGCAAAAUGCUGCACCUGAAGAUGCCGAAGAGACUUUGAACCAGAUUGAAGGCGAUAACUCUUUAGAAGCUGCCGAUUUUAGAUGGAAAUCAAAGAUGAGCCAACUAUCCCCCUUCGACAUGGCUCGCCAAAUCGCUUUAUUUCUAUUGUGUUGGGGUGAGGCGAAUCAAGUCAGAUUUACUCCAGAAUGUCUUUGUUUCAUUUACAAAUGCGCUUCUGAUUAUUUAGAUUCUCCACAGUGCCAACAACGUCCUGACCCCUUGCCCGAAGGCGAUUUCUUGAACAGAAUCAUUACUCCCUUGUAUUGCUUUAUCAGAAACCAAGUUUAUAAAAUUGUGGAUGGUCGUUAUGUGAUGAGUGAAAGAGAUCACAACAAAACCGUCGGUUACGAUGACGUAAACCAACUGUUUUGGUAUCCGGAGGGUAUAGCCAAAAUCGUUAUGGGAGAUGGAACUAGGCUGAUCGAUUUGCCAGCAGAAGAACGUUAUUCAAAAUUGGGCGAUAUCACAUGGGAUGAUGUCUUCUUUAAAACUUAUAAAGAAACCCGUUCCUGGUUGCAUCUAGUUACUAACUUCAAUCGUAUUUGGAUCAUGCACAUCUCAGUGUAUUGGAUGUACUGUGCUUAUAAUGCACCAACCUUCUAUACUCACAACUAUCAACAACUGGUCAACAAUCAACCUUUGGCAGCUUAUAAAUGGGCCACGGCGGCACUAGGCGGUACUGUGGCAUGCAUAAUUCAAAUCGCUGCGACCUUAUGCGAAUGGUCAUUUGUUCCAAGAAAAUGGGCUGGUGCUCAACACUUAUCUCGAAGAUUCUGGUUCUUAUGCAUCAUUCUUGGUAUCAAUUUAGGUCCGAUUAUCUUCAUUUUUGCCUAUGACAAGGACACAGUAUAUUCUACCGCUGCUCAUGUUGUUGGUGCUGUGAUGUUUUUCGUUGCCGUAGCAACGGUUGUUUUUUUCUCGGUGAUGCCACUAGGUGGAUUAUUCACAUCCUAUAUGAAGAAAUCUACAAGGAGUUAUGUGGCUUCACAAACUUUUACCGCAUCUUUUGCUCCAUUGCAUGGCUUGGACAGGUGGAUGUCUUAUUUGGUUUGGGUUACCGUAUUUGCUGCGAAAUUUACAGAGUCUUAUUUCUUUUUGAUUUUAUCAUUAAGAGAUCCAAUGAGGAUAUUGUCCACUACUUCAAUGAGAUGUACAGGUGAAAAAUGGUGGGGUAACAAGAUUUGUACACUUCAACCAAAGAUUGUGUUGGGUUUGAUGAUUGCCACAGACUUCAUACUUUUCUUCUUGGAUACUUACUUGUGGUACAUUGUCGUCAACACCAUCUUCUCCGUCGGUAAAUCUUUCUAUUUGGGUAUUUCUAUCUUAACACCUUGGAGAAAUAUUUUCACCAGAUUGCCAAAGAGAAUUUAUUCUAAGAUUUUAGCUACUACCGAUAUGGAAAUAAAAUACAAACCGAAAGUUUUGAUUUCUCAAAUUUGGAAUGCCAUCAUCAUCUCCAUGUACAGAGAACACUUGUUGGCCAUUGAUCAUGUACAAAAAUUAUUAUAUCAUCAAGUUCCAUCUGAAAUCGAAGGUAAGAGAACUUUAAGAGCCCCAACUUUCUUUGUCUCUCAAGAUGACAACAAUUUCGAAACUGAAUUUUUCCCCAGAGAUUCAGAAGCUGAACGUCGUAUUUCAUUUUUCGCCCAGUCUCUGUCCACACCGAUCCCUGAACCACUACCAGUUGACAAUAUGCCAACUUUCACUGUGUUAACUCCUCACUACGCUGAAAGAAUAUUAUUGUCUUUGAGAGAAAUUAUUCGUGAAGACGACCAAUUCUCAAGAGUCACUUUACUGGAAUACUUGAAACAAUUACAUCCUGUAGAGUGGGAAUGUUUUGUUAAAGAUACAAAGAUUUUGGCUGAAGAAACCGCUGCUUAUGAGAAUAACGAAGAAGAACCAGAAAAGGAAGACGCUUUGAAAUCUCAGAUUGACGACUUGCCCUUCUAUUGUAUUGGUUUCAAAUCUGCUGCACCUGAAUAUACGUUGCGUACUAGAAUUUGGGCUUCUUUAAGGUCGCAAACUAUAUAUCGUACCAUUUCUGGGUUUAUGAAUUACUCAAGGGCUAUUAAGCUAUUGUACCGUGUGGAAAACCCAGAAAUAGUUCAGAUGUUUGGUGGUAAUGUUGAUGGAUUGGAAAGGGAAUUAGAAAAAAUGGCCAGAAGAAAGUUCAAAUUUUUGGUUUCUAUGCAAAGGUUAGCUAAGUUUAAACCACAUGAACUAGAGAAUGCCGAGUUUUUGUUGAGAGCGUACCCAGAUUUGCAAAUUGCCUACUUGGAUGAAGAGCCACCUUUGAGUGACGGCGGCGAACCAAGAAUUUAUUCUGCUUUAAUUGAUGGCCAUUGUGAAAUUUUAGACAAUGGUCGUAGACGCCCCAAAUUUAGAAUUCAAUUGUCUGGUAAUCCAAUUCUUGGUGAUGGUAAAUCUGACAACCAAAAUCACGCGUUGAUUUUUUACAGAGGUGAAUACAUUCAACUGAUUGAUGCUAAUCAGGACAACUACUUAGAGGAAUGUUUGAAGAUCAGGUCAGUCUUGGCAGAAUUUGAAGAAUUAGGUAUUGAACCAAUUCAUCCUUAUACUCCUGGUUUAAAAUAUGAAGACCAAUCAAACAAUCACCCUGUCGCUAUCGUGGGUGCAAGAGAGUACAUUUUCUCUGAGAACUCUGGUGUCCUGGGAGAUGUGGCAGCUGGUAAAGAACAGACUUUUGGUACAUUGUUUGCUCGUACCUUAUCCCAAAUUGGUGGUAAACUGCAUUAUGGUCAUCCGGAUUUCAUCAAUGCCACGUACAUGACUACAAGAGGUGGUGUUUCUAAAGCACAAAAGGGUUUACAUUUGAAUGAAGAUAUUUAUGCUGGUAUGAAUGCUUUGCUUCGUGGUGGUCGUAUUAAGCAUUGUGAAUAUUAUCAAUGUGGUAAAGGUAGAGAUUUGGGUUUCGGUACUAUUUUGAAUUUCACCACAAAGAUUGGUGCCGGUAUGGGUGAACAAAUGUUAUCUCGUGAAUACUACUACUUGGGUACUCAAUUACCUGUUGAUCGUUUCUUAACAUUCUAUUAUGCGCAUCCAGGUUUCCAUUUGAAYAACUUGUUYAUUCAAUURUCSUUACARAUGUUUAUGCUAACWUUGGUGAAYCURCAUGCUUUAGCCCAUGAAUCCAUYCUGUGUAUCUAUAAUAGAAACRCACCAMUYASAGAUGUUUUGUAUCCAAUCGGAUGUUAUAACUUUCAUCCUGCAAUUGAUUGGGUGAGACGUUAUACAUUAUCUAUUUUCAUUGUUUUCUGGAUUGCCUUUGUCCCCAUUGUCGUCCAAGAACUGAUCGAACGUGGUCUGUGGAAAGCCACUCAAAGAUUUUUCCGUCAUAUUCUAUCUUUGUCACCAAUGUUCGAAGUGUUCGCCGGUCAAAUCUAUUCUUCUGCACUCCUAAGUGAUUUAGCGGUUGGGGGAGCUCGUUACAUUUCAACAGGUCGUGGUUUCGCUACGUCACGUAUCCCUUUCUCCAUCCUUUACUCGAGAUUCGCUGGUUCAGCUAUUUAUAUGGGCUCAAGAUCAAUGUUAAUGUUAUUAUUUGGUACUGUUGCGCAUUGGCAAGCUCCAUUGUUGUGGUUUUGGGCAUCUCUAUCUUCCUUGAUUUUUGCGCCUUUCGUUUUCAAUCCACAUCAAUUUGCUUGGGAAGAUUUUUUCUUAGAUUACAGAGAUUUCAUCAGAUGGCUAUCAAGAGGUAAUAAUAAGUAUCACAGGAACUCAUGGAUUGGUUAUGUGAGGAUGUCAAGGUCCCGUAUCACUGGGUUCAAACGUAAAAUGGUUGGUGAUGAAUCUGAGAAGUCUGCGGGCGAUGCAAGCAGAGCUCAUAGAACUAAUUUGAUCACGGCUGAGAUUAUACCGUGCGCAAUUUAUGCAGCAGGUUGUUUUAUCGCCUUUACAUUUAUUAAUGCUCAAACUGGUGUCAAAACUACAGAUAAUGAUAAAGUGAACUCCGCUUUACGUGUUAUCAUUUGUACUUUGGCUCCAAUCGUCAUUGAUAUUGCUAUUCUUUUCCUAUGCCUUGGCCUUUCUUGUUGUUCUGGGCCAUUAUUCGGUAUGUGCUGUAAGAAAACAGGUUCUGUCAUGGCAGGUUUUGCUCACGGUGUUGCUGUUGUUGUCCACAUUCUCUUCUUUAUUGUCAUGUGGGUUUUGGAAGGUUUCAGUUUUGUCAGAAUGUUGAUUGGUGUUGUUACAUGUAUACAAUGUCAAAGACUCAUUUUCCACUGUAUGACCGUAUUACUGUUGACUCGUGAAUUCAAAAAUGAUCACGCUAAUACCGCAUUUUGGACCGGUAAAUGGUAUUCUACUGGUCUAGGGUACAUGGCAUGGACUCAGCCAACGAGAGAGUUAACUGCCAAAGUUAUAGAACUUUCCGAAUUCGCAGCGGAUUUUGUCUUAGGACAUGUAAUUUUAAUUUUUCAACUACCGGUUAUUUGUAUUCCACAAAUAGAUAAAUUCCAUUCUAUCAUGUUAUUCUGGUUAAAACCAUCCCGCCAAAUUCGUCCACCCAUCUACUCUUUGAAACAGACACGUUUACGUAAACGUAUGGUCAGGAAAUAUUGCAGCCUGUUCUUUCUGAUUUUACUUAUAUUUGUUGCAUGCAUUGUUGGACCCGCUGUAGCUUCAUCUCACUUUAAAAAUAUUGGUUCCGGUUUGAAUGGCACUUUCCAUAACUUGGUUCAACCGAGAAAUCAAUCGAAUAACGAUACUGGCUCAAAGAUGUCAACUUAUAAAAGUCACUACUACACUCAUACUCCAUCCUUAAAGACAUGGUCAACCAUAAAAUAA